AUGGCUUCUGAACGGGACGGAUCCAACAUAACAAGAAAUCUGACCAACCAGUUUGUGCAGCCGGCGUGGCGCAUCGCGCUGUGGUCGGUGGCUUACAGCACUGUGCUGGCAGUUGCGGUUUUCGGAAACUUGAUUGUGAUUUGGAUUAUUCUGGCGCACAAGCGGAUGAGGACUGUCACCAACUAUUUCCUGCUGAACUUGGCUUUCUCCGAUGUUUCGAUGGCUGCGUUCAACACGCUCAUCAACUUUAUCUACGCGGCUCAUGGAGAGUGGUACUUUGGAGAAGUGUACUGCAGGUUUCACAACUUCUUCCCUGUCACAGCUGUGUUCGCCAGCAUCUACUCUAUGACCGCGAUAGCCAUCGACAGGUACAUGGCCAUCAUCUAUCCUCUGAAGCAUCGUCUGUCGGCGAAGGCCACUAUGGGAGUCAUCGUCUGUAUCUGGAGCCUGGCUGUGGUUCUGGCCUUCCCUCUCUGCUACUUUUCCACCACCCGAGCUCUGCCCCGCAGGACCCUCUGCUACGUGGCCUGGCCCCGAAUGGCCGACGACCCCUUCAUGUAUCAUAUCAUAGUGACAGUUCUAGUCUAUGUGCUGCCCUUAGCGGUGAUGGGCAUCACUUACACCAUUGUGGGGGUGACUCUGUGGGGAGGGGAGAUCCCAGGAGACUCAUCUGAUACCUAUCAUGGACAGCUCAGGGCUAAAAGGAAGGUGGUGAAGAUGAUGAUCAUAGUAGUGGCGACCUUUGCCCUCUGCUGGCUGCCUUAUCAUGUCUACUUCAUUGUGACGGGUCUCAACAAGCAGCUGAUCAAGUGGAAGUCUAUCCAGCAGGUUUACCUUUCAGUGCUGUGGCUGGCAAUGAGCUCCACCAUGUACAACCCCAUCAUCUACUGCUGCCUCAACAGCAGGUUCCGGGCCGGCUUCAAGCGGGUUUUCCGCUGGUGUCCCUUUGUCCGGGUCUCAAGCUACGAUGAGCUGGAACUCCAAAACACAAGACUUCGACCGGGUCACCAGAGCAGCAUGUGCACCCUCUCUCGGGUCGGCACCAGCAUCCUCAGCAAAGACAAGAGCACUUGCUCUCGAGGACACAGGUCAAGACUCAGCUCUGAGCCCACUAAUAAAGACAGUUAGUUGUCUCCAGCUGAAUGCUCACUAGGUUUGUUUGAU